GGGGUGGGAGGAGGCCGGCAGUCUCUAUAUCCGUCUCUCCGAGGGGAGGAAAGAAAGAAGUGUGGGGAGGGGGUGGGGGUGUUUUCCUUCAGCACUGUUGUUUAAUAUGAGGGUCCGGGGAUCCUGGAAACUGGCGAGGUGAUGUGUUUCGGGCGGGGGGCGGCGGCAGCGCUCCUGCUGCUGCCGCCGUCUUUGGAACCGCUGGAGAAGGAAGACAAGGAAGAGGCGGGGGCUGCGAUCGAAGAUAUCUGCUGCCCGGCGGGCCCGGGCUCGGCGGCGACGGAUGCCGCGGAGGGACGUGCGGCUGCCCGGUAUAGCUGCUAUUUUCUGGACGACGGCUGCCUUCGGGAAGACGGUGAGGACCGCCGAUCGCGGAGGCUGAACCACAGAGCGGCGACGAUCUGGAGAAGUCACGGCAGCCUUGAAAUGUAUUCCCCUUUCCCUCCCCGCCAGCGGCCAUGUUAACCACCAGGAAACCGUCUGCCAGUGUCGCUGGUGCUAGUGCCGGUGGGGCCGCCUCGGCUGCUGCUUGCCCAGCCGGGAGCAGGGGAGGAGGAGGAGAAAGUAGCCACCCGUUCCAGUCUUCCCCGGGGAUCGGGGCUGGAGGGACUUCCCGGACGGGCGCUGGGACCGGACUGCCGUCCCCGAUCGCUUUGCCGCCGCUGAAGCCCAGCAGCGCAGCCCACACGGUUGGUGGAAAUAAGCACACCAUGAAUGAGCAUCUACAUGUUACCAGUCAUGGGCAGGUCCAACAGCUCUUUGAAGAUAAUAGCAACAAAAGGACAGUUCUAUCCACACAACCAAAUGGGCUUGCAACAGUAGCAAAAUCAGGGCUGCCAGUGGUACAAGAUAGACAGCUCGAGAGCUGUCAUAGGCGUCAGGGGAGCUCCAACUCCGUGAAAUCUACUGAAGGACCAGGAAAGACAAAAGCUACUCUCAUGACUCCUGAGCAAGCAACGAAGCAAUACGUGCACAAGCUAACAGCCUUUGAGCAUCAUGAGAUCUUCAGUUACCCUGAAAUAUAUUUCUUGGGUCCAAAUGCAAAGAAAAGGCAAGGUGUCAUUAGUGGUCCAAACAACUGUGGAUAUGAUGAUGACCAGGGAUCUUAUGUGCAAAUACCCCAUGAUCAUAUAGCAUACAGAUAUGAAGUUCUUAAAGUUAUAGGAAAAGGAAGUUUUGGACAAGUGGUAAAGGCAUAUGAUCACAAGAUGAAUCAACAUAUUGCUCUGAAGAUGGUGAGAAAUGAGAAGCGUUUUCACCGCCAAGCUGCAGAAGAGAUUAAAAUUCUGGAGCACCUUAAAAAACAGGACAAAGAUAAUAACAUGAAUGUUAUACACAUGCUGGAGAACUUCACAUUCCGCAACCAUAUAUGUAUGACAUUUGAGUUGCUGAGCAUGAACCUUUAUGAGCUCAUUAAGAAAAAUAAAUUUCAGGGCUUUAGCCUGCUUUUGGUUCGUAAAUUUGCCCACUCCAUUUUGCAGUGCUUGGAUGCUUUGCACAAAAACAGAAUAAUUCACUGUGACCUUAAACCAGAAAACAUUCUGUUAAAACAACAGGGUAGGAGUGGUAUUAAAGUGAUUGAUUUUGGCUCUAGCUGUUACGAGCACCAGCGCGUCUAUACAUAUAUCCAGUCGCGUUUUUACCGUGCUCCUGAAGUCAUCCUUGGUGCUCGAUAUGGGAUGCCAAUAGACAUGUGGAGCCUGGGCUGCAUUCUUGCUGAACUCUUAACAGGAUACCCUCUCUUACCAGGAGAAGAUGAAGGAGAUCAGCUGGCUUGUAUGAUAGAACUCUUGGGCAUGCCUUCCCAGAAACUACUGGAUUCAUCAAAAAGAGCAAAAAAUUUUGUGAGCUCCAAGGGUUACCCCCGAUAUUGUUCCAUUACUACCUUGUCAGAUGGUUCUGUUGUGCUUAACGGUGGCCGCUCCAGGCGGGGCAAAUUGCGUGGUCCCCCAGAGAGCAGAGAAUGGGGGAAUGCAUUGAAAGGAUGUGAUGAUCCGCUCUUCCUUGACUUCUUGAAACAAUGUUUAGAGUGGGAUCCAAUGCUGCGUAUGACACCCAGUCAGGCUUUACGGCAUCCCUGGCUCAGGAGACGUUUGCCAAAGCCGCCAACUGGGGAGAAGCCAUCAGCAAAGAGAAUAACAGAAAGCACUGGUGCUAUCACAUCCAUUUCCAAGUUACCUCCAACUUCAAACUCAGCUUCAAAACUGAGGACUAAUUUGGCACAGAUGACGGAUGCCAAUGGGAAUAUUCAGCAGAGAACAGUGUUGCCAAAGCUUGUGAGCUGAGGUUUGAAUAAUACAAUGCUGAUUUGAAGAAAGAAAGAUAGUGCACAGUUAUGUGACUGAGCCUUAUUCACAUGAAGAAGUUCAUAUUUCUAUUUUUAUUUGAUAAAUACCUUUAAACAUU